CAUCAGUCUUUGACUGUUUAACAGUCUUCCUGGCUUUUUGCUGAAACAAAACACACCGCCAGAGUUUGUUUCAAAAUCUUUCAAAUAGCUUUUUUCCUCAAGUUAAAAAAGUCUAAAUAUUAUUAGAAAGACGUGCGGUUAUACCUCAUGGCUGAAGCCCGUUGUAGUGAUGGAAGUGAAGAUUUUUCAAAUGUUUCUGUUACGAGGAGAAGAGAUUCAACAGACCGCUCAGAAAGAAGUAAACCAGAGCGCUUGCAAAUAAGUCAAGGACCUCUUUCUUCAAUCAAAGCAGCCAUCAAGAGAACCUCUGCAAAAGCUCUUCCUCAGCCAGUCUGCUCCAGAGAAAGAAGGAGGCCAGAGAUAACCAUCCUAUCAGCAGAGCCGUUUGCAGCUUCUUGGUAUCCUGUGCCAUCUGGACGGUUUUCAUCUACCGCUUUUACCACACAACCAGUCUGGAGUGAGAAUGCUCUGACCUCUGCGCAGCUGCCACCAUCCUAUGAGCAGGUGAUCAAGGAGAAGACCCAGGAGCAGGUCACCACUCCUUCACCAUCUCUACGACACUCGUACACUACAACUAUUGCAACACAGACUGACUCAUUAGAGGAGAAUGUCACAAGUCCAGAUUCCUGUACGUCCUUACAACAAAACCAACAACCUGCUGUUUUAGUGAAGCAGCCAAUAAAACCACCUCGUCCAACAUUACCUUGUAAACCCAAACCCCUCCUGCAAGAAACUACCAGAUCUUCAACAUCCACUUUCAUCUCCCAACCCACUGUUGAUCAAACCCCAAUCCAACGUCCAGUGCCUCAGCCUCGCACCAAGUUCAAGCCCCUGAGUCCAUCUAACCAGGUCACUGGGCAAACUCUGAUACCACUGCAAGACAGCUGUGACACUAUAUCCCUUGUGGAGACCUUUGAAUCCCAUUCAGGCAAGUAUCUGAAGGAACUCGUAGAUGUCCUCAGCUCCGAACCUCAAAGUGAACUGAGUAACCCUGUAAACAAUCAGGGAGAGCAGACCAACCUAACUAACGGGAACCAAAUUGAGAACAUGACCUUCCACCACAGCGACCGCAACAUCCGCUCAAGAAUCCAAGCCUUUGAAAGUCAAGCUGCCACAGAGAAUGAUGCAGCCUCUGUGCCUUUUCCACGUCCACGAAAAAUUGGUGCUAAACCACCUAUUCUGGCACCAAAACCCUCCAUUGCCCCACGGCCCUCAGUCAUAAAGCCUAAAGAAGAGCCGUUUUCACAAUUUGACAGUCACUUAUAUGAAGAACUUGACAUGGAACCUACACCAGCUCCAAGGCCGCAACUUUUUAAAAAACCAUCCUUGGAUUCAAGAGAAGAGUCUGACUCUCAGCCUUUUUUCAAAACAGCCCUUACUUCUCGACCCUCAUUGGUCAAACAUAAGAAUGUAUAUUCCCAAGAUGAAGAAGUGGUUGUCAAAGGACCUAUUCCACCACUCAAGCCCAGUAAAGACCUGCUGAACGCCAACAAUCACAACUCCACUGCUCUUCUGCCUGAUCUCACAUCCGCAGUGAACGUGCUAAGCAAUGACUAUGUGGAUACUUCCAUUAACCACUCACCCACUAAACCUGUCCGUCAAGGGGGAUUCUCCUACAUGGGAGGGAAUACACAGGCGGUGACCAGGAGACCCACAGUCAUCAGAGUCCCCAGUAAAACUGACAAAAACUCUGAAGAGGCAGUAGAGUUUCCUCCUCCUUUACCUGUACAGAAGGCUGUGGGCAGCACACCUACACCUGCUAAAGCCUUUCGUCAAGACCCCUUCAAUGUCUCAUCUGAUAUGUCUAUUCCUCCACGGCCGAGUGGAGGAAAAGUAUUGCCUCCUCGUCCACCACCAGCUAAAACAGGCCCAGGAAGACCACCUCCUCCACAGACGAAUAACUCCCAACGGCGACCAUCUGAUUCAGGAUUUUCACAAAUAGCUCCAUCAAAACAACAGCCAUCUCAAUGGCAGCAACAAAACCGUAGAGCUUCUAAAAAGGGGCCUGCUCUACCACCAAGACCCAACCCUGGACAUCGUCUUUACAACAAAUACACGCUUGAAGUCCCUCAUGGAAUUGCUGAGUUUGACUACAAUGGCUCUAACACUGGAGAGCUGUCCUUUCAGAAAAAUGAAGUCCUUGUCUUACUUGAGGAGUUAGACAGCAGAACAUUUGAAUGCCAAGCAGGAAACACCAAGGGCACAGUGCAGAAAAGUCAUAUGAAGAUAAUCACACCUUUAACAGAUUUAUCCAGCAAUUCACUACCACAGAAAACCAGUUCCUUUAGAGGAAUGGGAGGAAAUGCUGGAUCUCUACAAGUGGAAGCCCUGUAUGACUUUACCCCAGCGGGGCCAGGAGAGCUGGCUUUAAAAGCCGGUGAUGUGGUGUCUAAUGUAGAACAGCUGGACGAUGAUUGGUACAUGGGAACAUGCAGAAAUGCCACUGGAUUCUUCCCUAUUAACUAUGUUAAGGUGCUGAGCAAGCCUAAUAUAUAUGCACCAGCAUUCAGAAAUGAGUGGAAAAACAAACCAUCUCCCGAGACUGUCAGAGGCCCUCGGUGUGUUGCCAGGUUUGACUUUGAGGGAGAGCAGGGUGAUGAGCUCUCGUUCUUUGAAGAUGAUGUUAUUCAGCUCAAGGAAUAUUUAGGAGAGGAAUGGGCUCGUGGAGAAGUCAAUGGUCACGUCGGCAUUUUCCCUCUCAACUUUGUGGAAGUGAUUGAGGAUCUCCCAUCAGUCCCAGUGCAGAAAUCUGCUCCCAAUAAAAUUGCAUUGCCUGGAAUGGCCAGCUCAUCCACACAAUCAUCAUACAGAGCCAGUGAGGCUGAAAGCAAUGGUGCAGAAUGGGCUGUGGCACUUUAUGACUUCACAGCAGAGACCGAGGAGGAUCUGCCCUUCCAGCAGGGAGACAGAAUCCUGGUCACAGCUCAUGUAGAUGAUGAAUGGUGGAGCGGAAGAAUCAAUGGCAGAGAGGGCUUCUUCCCUAAAGCGUUUGUGGAGAGUGUAGCAGAUGGAAGGAAGUGGUAACAGUUAUUCAUCAAAGGCAUCCUCAGAAGCAGUGUUUUUUUUCUUCUUUAAAGUGUAUUUACAGGUUAUUUUAUUUGUAUGUUUGUUGAAUGUAUUUAUAAAUGUGAACUCCAAAUUCUAUUGCAAUCUAAAAAUAUAUAUUCAUGAAC